AUGAUCAAGAUUUGGAGCAUGAAAAAGAAUGAGGACGCGGCUGCGAAGAAGAAGCCCAAGACGAGUGCAGCUCAGAUUCGAGUGCAAAAGGAUUUGACCGAACUGGACCUGCCGUCGACGAUGAAAACCCACUUCGCCGAUCCUGCCGAUCUCCUCAACUUCACGCUGACCAUUACACCGGACGAGGGUAUGUACAAGGGUGGCGCGUUUGUCUUCUCCUUCGCGAUAAACACCAACUACCCACACGACCCCCCAAAAGUCAAGUGCACCCAAACAAUUUAUCACCCUAAUGUCGAUUUGGAGGGCAACGUGUGCUUGAACAUCCUGCGAGAAGACUGGAAACCGGUACUCAACCUUAACUCGGUCAUGGUGGGGCUGCAAUAUCUCUUCCUCGAGCCGAAUCCAGACGACCCUCUCAACAAAGAGGCCGCGGCGGAAAUGAGCAGAAACCGCGACCAAUUUAUCUCCAACGUCAAAGCGUCGAUGAGGGGCCAACAUCUCAAAGGCGUUCAAUACGCUAAUGUCCUUGUACGAUGA